AUGGCGACAAGCAAAGGAAGCACUUCUUCAUGGAGCCGCCAAAGAGGAAGACAUGGUGGAUCUAAUGGUAAUGGUCUCAAACACGCUGAAAACAGCAAAGUAAAAAAAGUUGAAUUUUCGAAACGGAAAUACCCAAAAUGCCUGUGCGAUUUGUAUGCAAUAAUCUCCAUUUCAAGGACUCCAGAGAAUCCGGGUAGACUUUUUUUUGGAUGCCCACUAUAUAAGGAAAAACUACCGCAUUGCAAGUUCUUUGCAUGGGUUGAUCAAUUAUUUAACAUCAAUUUGGAUUAUGAUUGUUUGGAGGAUGUUGCAAUGGAUGGUUGUGAGACUACUGGUCAUGUUUCACAUAUGUUUGCUGCUAACAUUGCUGGUUUGGAGCAUAAAGUGAUGGAAUUGCAAAGUAGAGUUGACAUGUUAGAAAUUCAUCAAAAUGUAGUCCCAGAAAUUGAGUGGAAGACGAGAUGUUUUAAUGUAGUGUUUGUUAUUAUCAUGUAUGCAUUGUUAGUUUUGGUCAUGGGAGUUGGAAUUGCUUCUUUGUAA